GGCACUAAAACAUUCAGCGAGAGUUGCUCAUCCCACAACCCUGCGAUGAGCGUUUUUUACGCGACGAUCAUCGCGUACGUUGUGCUGGGGGGUGUUGGUGUUGGUGUCUUCCUCUGGGGAAAGGAGCAUGGCAACUCGAUCUUCGACCGCCUCUACCGCAUGAUUUGCAUGUAUCUGCCGGCGCUGCUUAAGAAGGGGCUGGAGAAGUGUUUUGGCAAGCGGGCGCCGGCCUGCCUUGACGCCGCCUGGGUCUACGUUUGCUACACCAACAACCCCUUGGUGCAGCUCUUCUAUCUCCUGGUGGUCGUUGGCGGCUAUGCAACCUUUGUGGCCUACAGCCACCCCCACUUGCCCAACAGGUACAUUGGGAACAUCCACAAGUACCUGGGCUUCUGCAUCUUCGCCCUGUGCCUGGCAGUCUGGUGGCGGGCGUGCACCACGGACCCGGGCACUGUGACCGCGGAGAACGUGGACAAGCUUUGCGAGGUCUGGGAGUGGGACGAGCAGAUCUUUCAUAUGGCGCGGUGCAACACCUGCGACCUGGUGAAGCCGGCGAGGUCCAAGCACUGCUCCCUCUGCAACCGCUGCGUGGUGAGGUUUGAUCACCACUGCAUUUGGAUCAACAACUGCGUGGGAGUCGGGAACCACCGCUACUUCCUGGCGUUUCUAGGCUUGCACCUGGUGAUCUGCUUCUACGGCUUUGGCUUGACAGCGACCAUCCUCUGGAACAUCGUGGUAUCCAAGGACCUGUUGAGCGCGGUCUUCGUGAGACCAGAUACUCAGGAGCGUUUCACGGCCACGAAGCUCAUGGUGGGGCAGUACCUACUUGCCACGGAGGGUAUGGUGGUCUUCAUCUCUGUGCUCUGCUUCAUCAUGGGCAUCGUGCUCUUCGGGUUCUUCGGAUGGCACCUCUACCUGGUCAAAGCAGGCACCACUACGAACGAGCUGAGCAAGUGGAGCUACCUGAAGAUGUGCUUGAAGCAUGAAGGCCAGGAGGGCCAGGAGAAGAUCCGGCUGCUCAGCAACGAGUACAACCAGGGCUGCUGGGCAAACUUCCGGGAGGUGCUCUUCCCCAUCCAGGUGCAGAAUCUUGGGGCCGGAAAGGCUGCCAAGGCCGGCGCGGCACAGGAGUCGAAGACCAAGAAGAAGGCCAAGAAGUCGAAUUAGUGCACCUGCGCCUGCGCUUCGCUGCGGGCGAC